AUGGUUCCGCGAGUUCCUAUUUUACAGCACUUGUGUGUGUUCAUAGCAAAAGUGGCCAAAAUUCGGCGAAAACAGCGCAAGAGUGAUAAAGCAUUCGUGCCGCAGCCGUUUUCCAAACGAACGAAAACAAAAGAGAAUAGUGUUGAUAGUACUACAAGCGUAAUUAGCAUAACAAGCAGCAGCAGCAGCACCCACAGUGGUAGCGUCGUCGUUGCCGGCGGCCUAAACAACACCAGCAGCAACAACAAACGAUUUUACCCAGGGACGGGAGCGGGCCGGGGAACGGCCGAAAACGAAACAGCGGCAGAAGCAGCAGCAGAUUCAGUAGCAGCAGCAAAAACAACAACAACAACAAAGGCAUCGGCAAAGUCAGCUGCCGGCCGGUGUGUGGCGACAGAGGAAAACGAAACUGUUGCUAGAAGUGGGCGUGGCAGAGGUGUUGAGAGGGGGAAAGACGACAAAGACGAAGCAACCGGCAGCGAGAGCGACGGCGGAGCAAAGCUAACAAAGGGCCCACUGAAUGCGGCGUAUUUGUCGGCCUGUUUGCGCACAGUCCAAAAGCUUGCUAUUGAACUUGACGUCAGCGUUGACGCCAAGAGCGUCGCUAGCAGGGAGAGGGAGGCGAGCGGUGUCAUGUCGGAGACAGGCUGCCGGCAUUAUCAGAGCUACUUGAAGGAGCACGGAUAUGAUACAUACCGGGUCAUCGAUGCUUAUUUUUCUGCCUGCGUGAACAAAGAUGCGCGUUUGAAGAAGGCCAUACACUGCUACUGCUUCGAGUGCGGCAGCGCCAGCAUCCAGCUAUACGCCUGCCUGCACUGCAUCUACUUUGGCUGCCGGGGCUCACACAUCCACAGCCAUCUGCGGGCAAAGAAACACCAUGUGGCCCUGGAGCUGUCCCAUGGAACGCUUUACUGCCAUGCGUGUCGCGACUUUAUUUACGACUCGCGCAGCCGUGAGUACGCGCUGAUCAACCGGAAGCUGGAGGCCAAGGAUCUGCAGAAGAGCCUGGGGUGGCAGCCGUGGAUACCUUCGGCCAAGGACUCGAACCUGCUGCUGGCCAAUCCACGACGCCGGCUAGUGCGGCCCAAUCAGACGAUCGGGCUGAGGGGACUCCUCAAUCUGGGGGCCACCUGCUUCAUGAACUGCAUUGUCCAGGCCUUGGUACACACCCCACUGCUGAGCGACUACUUUAUGUCGGACCGGCAUGACUGCGGCAAGUCCUCGCACAAGUGUCUGGUCUGCGAAGUGUCGCGUCUCUUCCAGGAGUUCUAUUCGGGCUCCCGUUCGCCGCUGUCGCUGCAUCGCCUAUUGCAUUUAAUCUGGAACCAUGCCAAGCACCUGGCAGGUUACGAGCAGCAGGAUGCGCACGAGUUCUUCAUUGCCACGCUGGAUGUGCUGCAUCGGCAUUGCGUCAAGGCCAAGGCGGAGCACGAGAGCAAGAGCAAUAGCUCUAGCUCGGGUAGCGGCACCAAUUCAACCAGCUCCUCGACUUCCAGCUACGGACAGUGCAACUGCAUCAUCGACCAGAUCUUCACGGGCAUGCUGCAGAGCGACGUGGUGUGCCAGGCCUGCAAGGGCGUGUCCACCACAUUCGAUCCCUUCUGGGACAUUUCGCUGGACCUGGGCGAGACCACGACGCACGGUGGUGUAACGCCCAAGACGUUGAUCGACUGCCUGGAGCGGUACACGCGGGCCGAGCAUCUAGGCUCCGCGGCGAAGAUAAAAUGCUCCACCUGCAAGUCCUACCAGGAGUCCACCAAGCAGUUCAGCCUACGGACUCUGCCCAGCGUGGUCUCUUUUCAUCUGAAGCGCUUUGAACACUCGGCGCUGAUCGAUCGCAAGAUCUCCUCGUUCAUCCAGUUCCCCGUCGAGUUCGAUAUGACGCCCUUCAUGUCCGAGAAGAAGAAUGCCUACGGCGACUUUCGCUUCUCCCUGUACGCGGUGGUCAAUCACGUGGGCACCAUCGACACUGGCCACUACACGGCGUAUGUGCGGCAUCAGAAGGACACGUGGGUAAAGUGUGAUGAUCAUGUGAUAACUAUGGCAUCGCUCAAACAGGUGCUGGACAGCGAGGGCUAUUUAUUGUUUUACCAUAAAAACGUGCUGGAAUACGAGUAGAGAGGGCAUCCAUAGAGACUGCAUCCCCCGGAACACACACACACAAACAGAAACACUACACACCCAUAGGCACAUACAAUUAGCAUAACGAAUACACACACCCAAAACAAAACCGACAAGGCCGCGGCAGCGCUAACAAUUUAAGAAAUAAUUUAAAGAAAAAGUAAAUCAACUUCUAAGUAAGCCCGCGAUUGAACAAUAGGAGGGAAAAAUCAAAACCUUUGUGUGCCCAAAACUCUUUAAUGUGUAAUCUGUAUCAAUCCUGGCAAUACCCUUAUUGUUCUAAGUAUUUCAAAAUCCAUAAUACUAAAAACUAAACAAAUGCUAAACAACAUUCUGCUUAUGUACAUACAAACGAGUCA